AUGUUUUUUUUCUCAAACAUUUUACUGAUCUACACAUGCCUUGUUUUCUCUCUCUCAAUCUCAUUCAUAUAUGCAAACCUGUCUUUCCUCACUACUAUUCACGGUAUUAACUGCUCUGAUUUUCUUCAUUCUCUCGUGUGGUAUUUGCUGCCAUCUUUUCUCACAGUAUUUGUUGCCCUGACUUUUCUUCUCUCUCUCUCACACAAUAUUUUAUGGCCUGUCUUUUCCUCACACUCUCAUUUAUUUUUUUAUUCCAUUUCUUGUACUCUAGCUUUUAGCAUUUCCUAUUCUGUCUUUUUGUCACUUUAUCUUCUGUUUGCUUCCCAGUCUUAUUUAUACUCUCUCUUGCAGUAUCUGCCACUCUGUCUCUGCUUUGGUCUCUCUCACAAUAUCUGCUACCCCAUUUUUUACUCACUCUCUAUCCCUCUCACAGUAUUUGCUUACCAGCGUUUUCUUCACUGUCUCUUGCUUGUUUGCUGCCUUGUCUUUUACUCUCUAUCUCUCAUACUAUUUGCUGCUUUCUUUUCUUCACCCUCUCUUGCUGUAUUUGCAUCCCAGUCUUUUCCUUACCCUCUAUUGAGGUAUUUGCAUCCCAGUCUUUUCUUUGCCUUCUCUUGCUGUAUUUGCACCCCAGACUUUUCCUCACAUUCUCUUGAGACUUUUCCUCACAUUCUCUUGAGGUAUUUGCAUCCCAGUCUUUUCCUCAGCCUCUCUUGCUGUAUUUGCGUCCCAGUCUUUUCCUCAGCCUCUCUUGCUGUAUUUGCGUCCCAGUCUUUUCCUCAGCCUCUCUUGCUGUAUUUGCGUCCCAGUCUUUUCCUCAGCCUCUCUUGCUGUAUUUGCAUCCCAGUCUUUUUCUCAUCCUCUCUUAAUGUAUUUGCUCCCCAAUCUUUUCCUCAUCCUCUCUUGCUGAAUUUACUGCCCUCUCUCUUUUCCACACCCACUCUUGCAAUAUUUGCUGCCUUUUCUUUUCCUCCCUAUCUCUCAUUCUAUUUGCUGCUCUGUCUUUUCCUUACUCACUAUCAUUAUCUUUUCUAUCUUGAUAUUCCCUUCCCUCCCUCCCUUAUCAUAUCUAUCUCUUGA